GGCGGAUUGAGCAACACUUAGGGAGGCAGGACCUUGGGUCCACAACAGCAUUGCUAAAGCAGCAGAUAUCACACAGACCCACGGAACCCUUGUCCUUCCACAAUGAGGCUCUACCCUCUGGUCUUGCUUUCUCUUGCUGCUUACACAGUUUGGGGGUACCCCUCCUCACCACCUGUGGUGAACACUGUUAAUGGCAAAGUCCUGGGGAAGUAUGUCAAUUUAGAAGGAUUUGCACAGCCUGUGGCUGUUUUCCUGGGAGUCCCCUUUGCCAAACCUCCUCUUGGCUCCUUGAGGUUUGCACCACCACAGCCUGCAGAUCCCUGGAGCUUCGUGAAGAACACCACCUCCUAUCCUCCUAUGUGCUCCCAGGAUGCAGUUGGAGGACAGGUGCUCUCAGAGCUCUUCACCAACAGAAAGGAGAACAUUCCUCUACAGUUUUCUGAAGACUGUCUUUACCUGAAUAUUUACACUCCUGCUGACUUGACAAAGAAUAGCCGGCUGCCGGUGAUGGUGUGGAUCCAUGGAGGUGGGCUGGUGGUGGGCGGAGCAUCCACCUACGAUGGACUGGCCCUCUCUGCCCAUGAAAAUGUGGUGGUGGUGACCAUUCAGUAUCGUCUUGGCAUCUGGGGAUUCUUCAGCACGGGGGAUGAACACAGCCGGGGGAACUGGGGUCACUUGGACCAGGUGGCUGCACUUCGCUGGGUCCGAGACAACAUUGCCAACUUUGGGGGCAACCCAGGCUCUGUGACCAUCUUUGGAGAGUCAGCAGGAGGUUUCAGUGUCUCUGUUCUUGUGUUGUCUCCUCUGGCCAGGAACCUCUUCCACAGGGCCAUUUCAGAGAGUGGCGUGUCUCUCACUAAUGCUCUGGUCACAAAAGAUGCCAAGCCCAUUGCUGAGCUGGUUUCUACUCUUUCUGGGUGUAAAACCACCACAUCAGCUGUUAUGGUCCAUUGCCUACGCCAGAAAACAGAGGAUGAGCUCUUGGAAACCUCACUAAAACUGAAUCUUUUUAAACUGGACUUGCUUGGAAACCCAAAAGAGGCCUAUCCUUUCCUGCCUGCCGUGAUUGAUGGGGUGGUGUUGCCAAAGGCACCUGAAGAGAUCCUGGCUGAGAAGAGCUUCAACACGGUCCCCUACAUCGUGGGCAUCAACAAGCAAGAGUUUGGCUGGAUCAUUCCAACGCUCAUGGGCUAUCCACUCUCUGAAGACAAACUGGACCAGAAGACAGCCAAUUCUCUUUUGUGGAAGUCCUACCCAAUCCUUAAAAUCUCUGAGGAUCUGAUUCCAAAGGCCACUGAGAAGUAUUUAGGAGUGACAGAUGACCCUGCCAAAAAGAAAGAGCUGUUCCUGGACUUGAUUGCAGAUGUGAUAUUUGGUGUCCCAUCAGUGAUGGUGUCUCGUGGUCACAGAGAUGCUGGGGCUGCCACCUACAUGUAUGAGUUUGAGUAUCGCCCAAGCUUUGUAUCAGUCAUGAGAUCCAAGGCAGUGAUAGGAGACCAUGGCGAUGAAAUCUUCUCAGUGUUUGGAUCUCCGUUUUUAAAAGAUGGUGCCACAGAAGAGGAGAUCAAACUCAGCAAGACGGUGAUGAAAUUCUGGGCCAACUUUGCUCGGAAUGGGAACCCUAAUGGAGGAGGGCUGCCCCACUGGCCAGAGUAUGACCAGAAGGAAGGGUACCUGAAGAUUGGUGCUUCAAUCCAGGCGUCCCAGAGGCUGAAAGACAAGGAAGUGGCGUUUUGGGCUGAACUCAGGGCCAAGGAGGCAGCAGAGAGACCAACCCACAGAGAGCAUGCUGAGCUCUGACCAGCAGAACCAGCCAUGGAGGAGAGCCUGGGGGGGAGGGGUAUUUCACAGAAGAUCUCGUAGAAACACAAGAGUUCUUAUCUUUGAAGCUAUAGCAUUAUAUGGUGUAUUGUACAAAUGCAUUAAGGGGGAAAUAUUUAUCCUCAUUCCUUUAACUUGUAAAAUUAAACAUUAUUUUGGAAAUCAAAGUUAGGUCAGUGUCUGUCUUGGGUAGGUUUUAGUUGUUGUUGGGGAUUUUUUCCUUGUUUCUUUGUUUGCUUUGUGUGUGUACACGUGUGCAUGCCUGUGUGUGUGCUUGACACAAAUUAGAGUUAAUGGGAGGCUUGAUGAAAUGCCUCCAUCAGAUUGCCUGUAAGCAGUUCUGUAGGACAUUUUCUUGAUUAAUGACUAAUGUAAGAGGGCCCAACCCACUGUAGGUGGUACUACCCCUGGCCUGGGGGUCCUGGCUUAUAUAAAAGAGCAACCGAUGGGGAGCAAGUCAGGAAGCAGCAUUCCUCCCUGGUCUCUGAUUCAGUUCCUGCUUUCAGGUUCCUACCAUAAGAUAUUGCCUUGUCUUUCCUCAGUGAACUGUGACUCAGAUACAUAAGCCAAAUAAAGCUCUUCCUUUUCAAAUUA